UAGUUCAAUAUUAUAGGCGUUAAUACGCGUAUACAGUACGGUUAUUGUUUGUUUAGUUAUAAAAAUAAUGAUGUUAGUUGUUUAUAGUGUGUUUAGUUAAAUAGGUAGUUAGGAUAAAAUGCAAUACGUCAUGCUCAAAACAAUGAUAAAAAUAUUAAUACGACGAGGUUGGGCGUGUGUACCGUGAUUUUGUAUAAAAACUAUCAAAAAUGCAAAUCGUUAUUAUAUGAGUUAUGAAUUCAUCAACCGAUGAAUCAAACAAACUCGAUACUGCAACAUUGGGCGUGAUUUCCGAAUGUGAACGAAUAGAUUUACAAGAAUUUUUAGAUUUUUUAAUAUUAGCCUAUCGGAUAAACGACGUGUUAACUUCAGAAAAGGGAAAACAAGUACACGAUACUUGCAGCAUAAAUUGGACUGAGCUGUCUCGUAAUAAUUUGUUUUUACGAUUGUCGGAUAAAAAAUCUGAUAUUACCGCCGAAAACGAAACGGAACAAGGAAUAAUGGUAAAUACAAGUACUGAACGAGUGCAAUGUAUUCUCAAACACAAGCUCAAAGAUAUCAUGAAUGAGGGUAUUUUGGACUCUGUACUUCCAUUUAUAGUUAAAAAAACGUUGACGACAAAUGUUUUGAAAACAUUUGAAUCAUUUAGCUCCAAAAUUAGUAGUAAUCCUUCGUAUAAAGAUAAAAUGUGUUCAAAAUCAAAAUGUAAUACAAUCGAAAAUUUGUCUAGAUCUAAUAAAGAUACGGAAAUUGAGAUUAAUGUAUGCGAUGCUGUUCAAAAAUUAAAAAAAGUAUUUCGAUGUCCUAAGCGAUUACUUAUUUCGAAAAUGGGAUAUUUUUCUGAGGUGACCAAAGGACAACGGUUGGAGGAUAUCGAUAUAUCAGUACAUUGUGAAAUUCCUAUAUUUGACUGGUUAAUAAAGUGGGUUAAGAAGGAUUUAAAACCAAAAAACGAAUGGCCAUCAUUAGAUAAUGGAAAUGUAGUACCGAUUUUGGUUUCUGCAUCAUUUCUUCAAAUGGAGCCUUUAUUUCAAGAAUGUUUACUGUUUUGCAAAAAUAAUAUCAAUGAUGUAUUAUCAUCUUCGGCAAGUUUUGGGUGUGUUAAUGAUGGAGUUAUUACAAGAUUAUCAAAUCAGUUUAAUAAUUGUGAUGUAGAAAAUAUGGUGGACAUAAAGGAUAAAUUAAAAUCACGUUUGUUUACGAAAUUGAUAUGGGAUUUGUGCAAACGGGAUCCAAAACGUGAAUUAGGUCAUUUUAGUACACUAGCUUAUGCUUUUUAUUGCUGUCGUUGUAAUACGAUUUUGGUUCCAAGCGUUGCUGGCAGGAUACCUUGUAAACCACCUACUUUUAAGAUUGCUCAAAAUGGAAGUGUGAUUGCUUGUCAUUUAAGGGAUUCAAAAUGGACAUUAAACGAUCACGUGAAGUCUCUAUUUUCAAAAUAUAAGUGUUGGCGGAUUGUUUACUGGUCUCUAUGGUCAGAGUGUCAUUUCAUGCGGUGUUCGCGUUGCCAAUACAUGUAUCCGGUCAAGAAUCAAAGGUGGUGUCAAUUCCAUACGCAACAGCCACAGUAUUAUCCGGUGGAAAACAAUCGAUAUCUUUAUUACCCUAUUGGUCGUUAUCCAUGUUGCAAUGAAAAAACUUUUAAAUACGAGCCAAUCAAAAAUCCAUUUGGUUGUCACCAUCGAGAGCACAUUCCGUUACUAGAACAUACAGCCGAAAUAGAAACAUAUAAAGUUAUGCAAAUGUUUCCGUCCUUAACCAUCACCGAUCCGCCCAUGUUUUUUUCAAAUGGGAUUACAAAACAUAUGGAUGCGCAUGGUGAUGUAAAGAGCAAUGAUCAAAAUACUUCGGCUUGGACCACUGAAUCUCAUCGGUUUGCUCCAUUUAUCGCUUCAAACGAAAGUGCGUCAAGGAAAUCACAGUUUUGGUGGGAUAAUAUCGUGAUGGGCACGUCGUCAAACAAGAGACAACUGUUGACGGAAUUAUGGGACAAACCUUUCGCUAAACGACCCGUAUCACCUAGUACAAGUGACAAUAAUGUAUACGAAGCGACCGAGAUUCCAUUGAAUGAAAUUAAUUUGUCGUUUGGAUCAUCAUUUGAAGAAGUCGAAGAUUCUUUGUCGAGUUUCAGUGACAGUGAUUCAACUCAUUCUGAAAAGACAACUUAUAACAAUAAACAACAAAAGAUUAAACGGUCUUCGAAAGCAAUCAGAACACUGAAACAAAAAUACAGAUACUCUGGCACAUAUCAAUGGUCGUUGACGGCACCAAUGCGUUGCAAUCAGGAUAAUCAGAGAGAAUACGAAGAACGUUGUUUUAGGCAAAUUGUACAUCAUUUGUUACAUCAAAAUAGUAAUUCGAGUGCAGAUUGCAGUCAAGUGUUAACUACUACCAACAAUUCCGUUGUUAAUAUUAAUCAACGAUCUGGUGGCUAUUACGUAAAACUCGAAACCGAACUUCUAUCAAAACUCGACUCGAAAAAUGCUCAAAGACCGAUGAGUACCAUGGAGUCAAAAGGUGUACAAAUGAAAACCAAGCUAAAGAAAACACUCAAAUCACCUAGUUCUUAACUUUAAAUAAUAUUAAAAAUCGUUGUUCGUUACAGUUAUUAUUUAAAAGUAAUAUAUAAUAUGUUUGUUAUCAUCUUAAAUGAAAGAGCUUAAUUUA